AAUAAAUCAAAUUUCUGAUGCAGUUUAGGUAGCCCUCUACAUCUCCGCGAAGAGCAGCUCCACCGUCGUCGGCGCGACAUUCAAGACGGUUCCCGCGCCGUCCUCACUCCUCAGUCCCACCACCUCUCACUCGUUAUAGUAUUGAGUAUUGACGUUUACUGUUCCUUCUCGGUCUCCGGCCAUGGUGGCCACCGUCCCCUGGCAUCAACCACACUUCCUCCCAACUAAACCCUAUCUUUCACAUCACCGCUCCAUUAACUCCCCCAUACUUCGACCUUCACCGUCCACGGUUCGAGCUUUCAGCCGCAGUGAUUUCGAAGGCUUUGCGCGACGAUUGUCCUCCGGAGAGGCUCUGCGUGACGCGUGGCGAAGCGCGAAUGAAGGCAUCGAACAACUCACGUUCGAAGUGCGGUUAGCGGCCGAGCGCUUGGAUCGCCGUUACGCCGUCUCUAAUCGCAUCGGAUCGGCCGCUCGCGCCGCUGUGGAUAGGGCAAGAGAAAUCGAUCAUGAGUUGGGUAUAGGACGCCGGUGGCGCUCCUUUUCCAUGGAUUUCUCCAGGAACUUGCCUAGGUAUAGAAAGGAGUUGAGCGGGUUUCUUGGAACGCCAAUUGGUAGAGGAUCUAUGGUAGCCUUCUUCUUGUGGUUUGCUUUAUCCGGGUGGUGGUUCAGAUUUUUCGUUAUAGCUACUUGGGUUCUGCCGUUCGCUGCUCUUCUUAUUAGAAUAUUUGCCAAUAGCUUUGCUAUAAAGGGUGCUUGCCCAGCUUGUAAAAGACAGUUUGUGGGAUACCGCAACCAAGUUAUUCGUUGUGCGGGCUGCAGAAACAUAGUGUGGCAACCAGGGAGUGAUUUUUCAAGCAGCAGAAACAAUACUUCUUCCUCUAAGCCUUAUGAGGCCGACAUAAUCGAUAUUGAGAUCGAGGAGAAAUGAGAUUUAAAAUCAUAACAAAGAUUCUGUGUGGUGAGUUGCAGGUGCUUGUGGCUGCAUUAAACCUGUAAGUAAUGAAGACUCUGUUCAUCUCAAAUGCUUCAUUUGCUUUAUUAUUGAUCGUGAACUUGCACUCUUUGGACAUUUAGUCCAAUUAAGGCAAACUUAGACUUGGUUUGGGAUAGUUUUUUUAUUGCUUUCUAAAAUAGCUUUCUAGUACAAAAAUUUCUUGCAUUAAAAAAUUUUAUACUAUAAAGCCGUUUUAGGAAGCAGUGUGAAAGUUGUCCCAAACGAAGCCUUAUACGCAUAUAACACAUGCAAAACUCGAAUUCAAGAUCUUUUGGUUGAUAGUCAAAACUCCCAAUUAAUAGGCCACGGUGGACUGUGAAACCUCGUGGUUCUCCGUUUAAUUCAUUCCAAACGUAUUUUCUAUGAGAAAAAUAGCAUCCACAAGCUUGUAAUAGAGCUUUCGAUUAAUAGGUUCAAAAAGCUUUUUUAGCUUUGCAAAGAGAUAAUAAUUAUUAUAACCAUCAGCCUUGGGCAAAUAUUUGAGCUGCUUUUUAUAAAAUUUCAUUUUCUAUUCA